UAUUCACUGCACACUCAAAACACACAACUCAAAAAAAAAAAAACAAAAAAAAAUGUGCUUUCAAUUUCAUCCACCAAAUGGAAACAGAGGAUGAAGAGAAUAGACCUGUCUGGGCUCGCAAUUGUAGUCUUGGCUGCAUACUGCCACAACGCGUUGUCAUCACAUUGAUGGGAUUUUUUGCGCUAAUCGUUGCCUAUACGAAUCGUGUAUCAAUUCCACUUGUUAUCAGCAAGCUGGUUGUACCCAUAAAUCGAACGCACCAAAGUAGUGGGGCUUGUCCGCCGGAGGAGGUGUCCGAUGAAGGCUCAGGAUACAAUACUCCAGACACCUAUAAAUGGUCUGCGCAGCUACAGGGCAUAGUUCUAGGCAGCUUCUACAUCGGCUACCUAAUCACUCAUCUGCCCGGUGGCAUAUUGGCGGACAAAUUCGGCGCCAAGUGGAUCUUGGGCAUCAGCAUUUUAAUCUCCGGCUUGUGCACUGCUUUUACUUCCGUUGCUAUUUACUAUGGAGACGUAUGGGGCUUGAUAGCCAUCCGUAUUUUAAUGGGUGUCGCCCAAGGACCCCUUUUCCCGUCCCUUACCACACUCCUCUCCUAUUGGGUACCCGCCGAGGAGCGCUGCUCGUUGGGAACCUUCUGCUACAGCGGGGUUACCGUCGGUAUCUUUAUAAGCAAUAUUUGCUCCGGACAAAUGCUCCACCACUUCCACUGGACGGUAACGCUCAUUACUUUUGGGUUUAUAACAGGAUUAUGGUUUAUAUUCUUCAUCUUACUAAUCACCAGCACACCCGAUGAACAUCCAUGCAUCAGCCCUAUGGAAAUUGCUUUUCUGGCCAAACAGAUACCAAAAAAGUCAGGUAAAAUGCCGAUACCUUGGAGACAAAUGCUGCUUAGCAAGGCUUUGUUCGCAGCGAUCAUCAGUCAGGUAGGGCACAACUGUGCCUUCUAUGCUAUGGUCUACUGCCUACCCAAAUACAUGGCCGAAGUACUUCGACUUUCCAUACGCAGCACCGGCAUCGUGUCCUCCUACCCCUUUAUCGCAAUGUGGGGCAGCUCGCUCGUUUCUGGAUUCCUGGCCGAUUGGCUAAUUCGUACAGGAAGAAUGUCCAAAAAUUUAGAACGAAAAUUUUUUACAUUAAUUGGUGCCCUUCUUCCGGGAUCGUUUAUGGUGGCAGCCUCGUAUGCCGAAUGCAAUAAGACCCUAGCUGUGUUAUUUGUUACCCUUGCGCUGUUCACCAUGGGUCCGUACUAUGCUGGCCAAAAACUAACGCCAAUGGACAUGUCACCUAGUUAUUCGGGCACUAUUAUGGCCAUCACUAAUGGCAUCGGUGCUGUAGCCGGCUUGAUUUCACCUCCUAUUAUCGGUGUCAUGACUUCUAACGCAACAAUAUAUGAAUGGCGUUGGGUAUUCUGGUUGGGUCUGGUCAUAUUAGUAUUAUCUGCCGUCGUUUUUUGUAUCUGGGGCACGACUGAAGUGCAGUCGUACGAUCCAAGUUCUUCUGCGAAACAUGCCUAAAUAACUAGUGCUGCAUUGAACACAAUUAUAUCGUAAUGUGCGCGCACUUAAAAUACCUGUACCCUCUUAUAAUUAAAAUGAGUUGAAAUUGAAA